AUGCAGUCUUUUUUUCAGCACCGCCGCUUGCGCGAGGCAGCCAAGACAGAUGUCGAUAAGCUCCAUGCCCAUGGCGACUCACCUGCCGCAAGCCAAGCUGCCAGCGAGGCCAAUUUUGCUGAAGAGGGCAAAUUGCAGCGAGCCCAGGAGCACUCGAUAGCCGGCGUGAAUAUAUCCGAUCCGUCGGAGUACGACGGCAGCACUACAUACGAGGUCGGGUGGGCAGACGGCGACCCGGAAAAUCCGCAGAACUGGAGUCUCGUCCAGAAAUGGUCGGCUACCACAACCGUGUCUUUUAUCCUCUUGGCUGUCAGCAUUCCGUCCUCCAUCGACGCCCCUGUCUCUGAUCAGUUCAACAAGCACUAUGGCGUGGGGCCCAUUGCUGGGUCGAUGACCACAGGCAUGUACCUGAUUGGUAUUGGAGUCGGCUCGAUGGUCGCAGCCCCCUUUUCUGAGACGUUUGGACGCAACCUCGUUUACUUGACCACCAUGGUCAUCUUCAUCCUUUUUACUAUCGGAAAGGCAUUGGCGCCGAACUAUGGGGCAGCGAUUGUCUUUCGCUUCUUCGCCGGCUUCUUUGGUGCGGCACCUCUGACAGUUGGCAGCGGUACGGUCGCCGACAUUUGGGGACCGCUCGAGAUAACUUUUAGUCUGCCGUUUGUGACUUUGACUUCGUAUGGUGGACCUAUCCUGGGACCCAUCAUCAGCGCAUACCUCCCCGACAUUGGCUAUAGAUGGGCUGAUUGGAUCUCGGCCAUUUUUGCUGGCGUGAUCCUGAUUCUCGUCUUCCUUUUCCAGCCAGAGACAUAUUCGCCUACGCUUCUGGAAUGGCGAGCAUCACACCUUUGUGAGCUUACCGGCGAUCCACGGUUUUGUUCCCAAGGUCAUGCAUCGGCUGGCUUGCUGGGACGGCGCCUUCUUACCAACAUGCUGCGCCCGUUUAGCUUGACCUAUACGGAGCCGAUCAUCCUCGUCUUCUCCUUCUACCUAACCAUCCUUUACAUUGUCUUAUUUACUUUCCUUAAUGGGUUUCCGUUUAUCUUCGGUGAUACUUACGGAAUCUCGAAUUCGCUCACCUUCCUCAUUUUUACGGCGCUCCUCGUCGGGGAUUUUGUCGCCAUUUUGCUAAUACCAAUCGUCUACGGCUGGACCAAGAAAGCUUCUGUAAGAGCGGCGGACCGAGGUCAGAAUCUCGCUCCGGAAGUGUGUCUCUACUUCGCCAUGCUCGGCGGGUCCAUCUUGAUGCCCAUAUCCAUCUUCUGGAUAGGCUGGACCUGCUACCCCAGCGUCAGCAUAUGGGUUCCCAUUAUCGGCGUAGUCGUCUUCGGCUACUCCCUUGUCACUGUAUUCACCACAACCUACAACUACAUCGUCUUCGUCUACCUACAAUAUGCCGGUUCUGCUCUCUCUUUCAUGACCUUUAGUCGCUACGUUAUCUCUGGCGCCCUGCUACCGGCCUCGGUGCCCAUGUACAAGAACCUUGGUCCACACUUUACACUCACCUGGGUUGGCGUGCUGGCAGCCCUCAUGGCCCCUCUGCCUUUUUUGCUUUACAAAUACGGUCAUCAAAUCAGGGCAAUGAGCAAGAAUGUACAAAAUCAGACCUGA